GCAGUGCUGGAGUAGCUGUUCGGGUGGGACUGACUGGGCCAAACCGGACCAGACGUGAAGUAGACAGCGCCUGGAGCACCACCCCGUCCUCACGCGCUCUGCGUGCGCGUACCGAGAGUCUCCCUCCCCCUAUCUUGAGCUGAGUCUAGGGCCUACUGGCGCAUGAGUCCUUGGCGUCCCGCGGCAUGGGCAUCUCUGCGCACCGGUUCUGUCCUGGCCUCAGAGGAACUUUGUCGCGUUCUCUUAUCUGCUGGACUAGACGGGUGGGAUGCUCGACACAAUUGGGGCUUGGCUGUGGGGUUCUUGCAGGGCCGGUUGCAAUGGGUUUGGGGGUGGGGAGGCUGUCCUACGGCUGUUAUAUGGGCCAGUUUGGCCCCUGGCACUUCGUGAUCUGGCAGCAUCAUCAGACAAAGGGUCCUAGGCUUUGGGGUGUCCCAGAAGUGGACAUGGGUUUACUUCCUCUCGGGUCCCAAGGGAUCGCUUCCCUCUUGACGGAUUCCGAAGCCCGCCCGGUACAAGUGGCUCCUGUUUGGGACUCAACAGGGCUAAUCCUGCCCUUCUGAUCUAAUCCGGAUCAGGACCUCGUCCCGGGGGAUGCCCCCACCUUCUCCUAUUGUUCUGGGGCCCAGGUGCACUCCCAGACUGAUGGUGGCAGGCAGAGACGACGAAAAGAGCUCGGGCUGAUGGCCCUCUCUGGAAUCCCUGGAGAAUUCUGACGAGGGAGGUCCAAGGUCCUCUCUGUAGGGCUGCAAUGGCGGUGCCAGAGUGCGUGUUGCGUGCGCUCUCCUGCCUGCAGGGUCCAGGAGUGGCCCCUGUACUGCGCUGCGCGCCGACACCCGCGGGUUUAUCGCUCCAGCUCCAGCGGCCGGCAGUCUUCGAACAUGUACUCGGUGCCCUGGCCUCCUAUGCUACUCCCGCCAAACCCGCCUCACCAGGCCCGCGAGUUGUCCUACAUUGCCCAGCACUGCGCUGUGAUCCGGGUACGCUCCGAUUGAGCCAGCUGCGUGCCGUGCUCGUAGCCGAUCACCUAGUACGGGUGCUGUGUGCUCAUGGGGUACGUGUGUGCUCAGUGCCUCCGGUGCGGGACCCUCACAUGUCAACUUUCCUCCAGAAACUUCGGGUGGAAUGGCCCACUGCCUCGAAGAGCACGACAGAAGCACUGAGGACCCGUGUUCUUGCAAACCUUAAUGGUUCUGAGGAGACACUGCCCCCUGGCGUCCUAGGCCGACUGUGUCUAAAGGAACUGGUAGAACAGAGACAGCCUGCUGGCUAUGACCCCAGCAUAGACCACUGUUUGGUGACUGAAGAUCUGCUCUCUGUGCUGUCUGAGCUGCAGGAGGCUGUGCGCCAUUGGCCAGAGGAUGGCCACCCAGGACAGGUUGGGGGUCCAGAUGCUGGUGUAGAUGACUGCAUGGUUAUACAUGUGGUAAGCUGUGAGGAGACAUUCCAGCAACAAAAGCUGGAUCUGCUUUGGCAGAAGCUGGAUGACCAGGCUCCUCACAAGCAGAAGCACCUGGUGUGUGGCCCAGUGAAAGUAGCUGGUGUACCUGGCACCCAGAUGACGGCCCCUGAGUACUACAGGCUCAGACAUGCACAGGUGUGCCAGGCUUCAGCACGGAAGCAUGGAGACCUGGCACAAGACCCCGCCUGGACCGAGACCUUUGACAUCCUCUCUGUGGCCACCAUCAAAUUUGAGAUGCUAAGCACAGCCCCCCAGAGCCAGCUCCUCCUAGCCCACAGCACCAUCUCCACAAAGGGCACAAAGAGUGGGACUUUUGUCAUGUAUAACUGUGCCCGCCUUGCCACACUCUUCGAGGGCUACGAACAUGGAAUGGAGCAAGGUCUGUAUCCCGCUUUUCCGCUUGUGAGCAGCCUGGAUUUCUCAUUACUCCAUGAUGAGGGUGAGUGGCUGCUGCUUUUCAACAGUGUCCUUCCCUUCCUGGACCUGCUGAGCCAGACUGUGAGUCUGGCCAGCACCCCAGGGCUCCACAUCCCUGUUCGCACGGAGAUGGUGUGCAAGUUCCUGGUGCAGCUUAGCAUGGAUUUCAGCUCAUACUAUAACCGAGUACACAUUCUAGGGGUGAGCAUACAGCGAGGGUCUGUGGGAAAUGUGGGCAAGGGUGGGGGCACAGGAAACGAGGAUGCGCCUGGUUGCUUCUUUCAGGAACCUCGGCCACACCUCUUUGGUCAGAUGUUUGCUCGCCUACAGCUUUUGAGGGCAGUACGUGAGGUGUUCCACACAGGCUUGGCUAUGCUGGGCCUCCCUCCGCUGAGCCACAUCUAAUGGCCCAAUAGCUAGGAAUGUUUAUAAAAGCAUCAACUGGGAAAAAAACAAAACCUCACAGAUGUUGGACACUAAAAGUCAGAAUAAAUACAAUUUCAUCCUC